AUGGAGAACAACAUACACAAGAAAAUUAGAAGUCCACCCAUUGAAGAGCUGACAAAGAGGAUUCAAGAUCUAGAAGACGCCCAUGCUCACCUCAAACAGAAGAUGUUCAAGUUCAUGAUCUCCGGUGACCGGAAAACUUCAAAUUCAAUAUCUUCACGAAAAUGGACUCAGCAUUCACCUCUCGUCUUAACAGAAACUGAUUAUUUCAAUAUCCUACAGUCAAUCGAUCAGCCAAUUCAUAUAACCAAUCUGAAGCGUUGCAUAAUCUACAGGAACCAAGCUUGGGAAAACUUGUAUGGCUAUAGUGCUGAGGAAAUUCGUGGAAAAGGUUUUCUGGAUCUUGUAGUAGAACCAAAGGAUCUCCAUAUAGCUAAUGAUAUCCUACAACAAAUGUUAAAGGGUGAAUGUUGGACAGGGGAGUUUCCUAUUAGAAAUAAGAGAGGAGAAAGGUUUGUUAUCAUCGGUUCCACUAAACCUUUACGUGAUGAAAAUGGCACGAUUAUAGGGAUUAUAAGUGUAUCAGCUGCCCCACGUCCAUAUCAACAAAUAAAGCUAAAUGCUCCUAUCGUAAAUGAAACCAAUACCUUGUUUUCAAAAUCUAUAUGGAAAGGAAAUGAACAAAGAGGUUGUUUUGAUCCCUCAACUAGUCGUUGUUGCUGGCAUUGGAUACACAGUGAUCAAGAUAAGUAUGGUCUGAGAAUGAGGGCGAAUGUAGAAAAUCAACAAUGGAAGGUAAACACUAAUUGUGUUAGUCGUGAUAACAAGGCUUUAAGUACUUGGUCUUUGUUUAAUCACAGUUUUGAUUGUGAAAUCAAGUGGGAGGAUUUGAGGAUUAGAGAAGUGAUUGGUCGAGGUUCAUGUGGGAUUCGAUAUCAUGCAGUGUGGCAAGGAUCUGAUGUUGCUCUAAAGUUAUUUUCCAAGGAGGCACACUCACAUGAUUUUGUAGUAUCAUUUAUGCAUGAGGCAUCUCUUAUGAAAAGGCUUCGGCAUCCAAAUAUUUUGCUCUUCAUGGGUACAGUAGCAUCACCUCAGCACAUAUGCAUUGUAACCGAGUUUCUUCGCCGUGGAAAUUUGUUCAAGUUACUUCACCGAAAAAGAGCUAGAUUGGAUUGGAGACGCCGAAUCCGUAUGGCCAUUGAUAUUGCACGAGGAAUUAAUUAUCUUCAUCAUUGCCUCCCUCCCAUCAUCCACCGUGAUCUGAAUUCUUCAAAACUUCUUGUGGAUAAGGAUUGGACAGUUAAGGUUGGCGACUUUGGUCUAUGUUGUACAAAGCAUGAAACUUAUAAGACCAUAAAGGAAAGGAUUGGAAUGCCUCAGCCUCAGUGGAUGGCACCCGAAGUUCUUCGAAAUGAGGAAGCAGAUGAAAGGUCAGAUAUAUAUACCUAUGGUGUUGUACUAUGUGAAAUUACCACAGAGAAGAUCCCUUGGGAUGAUCUCAACUCAAUACAGGUGAUGGAAGCUGUAGGAGUCAUGAAUCGAGGGUUAGAUAUUCCAAAAGAUGUGGAUCCACAAUGGGCUUCUCUUAUUCAAAGAUGUUUGUGGAGUGAACCACAGUUGAGGCCAACAUUCAAAGAGAUUCUAGAAGAGCUACACCAGUUGGACAUUCGGUUCAAGUUCAUGCCACCACUAAAUGAGGACUCAAAGAGCAGUAAGGAAUUGAAAAUUAUGUCGAAAGCAUUUGACAUGAAGAACUUUCAUAUGCUCACCUUUCUUAUUCUUCUUGUGACUUGUAUUGUCAAAGGUAGCACAAUCGGGAUCAAAGAGGCUAAAUAUGGAUCUGGUUGUUAUUCUGGUGAUUAUAACGAUAAGUUUCAAAUUUGUUGCAAACAGAAUUUUGUAGUUAAGAGUUGUUAUACUAAAAUGGAAGAUUGUAAAAAAAAUUGUCCAUACACUAACACUGCAUAA